UCCGGUUGUUGGUCGGACCCGUUUUGGAGACGGACCGGAAACAGCGUGAGGUUACCAAAGCCUGCUCUGAAGUCCUGCACCUGAUCAGUCUCUUAAAAGUCGCCACAGCUGUCUGAGCAGUACGGACAAGAUGUUGAGAAGCGCCUCAGCACAGAUCUUCAGACAGGUGGUGAGAUAUGGGAGCACAGACGCCAGCCUCAUCCUGGAGAGAUCGAUAAACCGCGUGCAGCUGUUGGGCCGAGUGGGUCAGGACCCCGUGAUGAGACAAGUGGAGGGUCGUAACCCGGUUACCAUCUUCUCGCUAGCAACCAAUGAAAUGUGGCGCUCUGGAGACGGAGAGACGAGCCCAACAGGUGACAUCAGUCAGAAGACGACGUGGCAUCGCGUGUCGGUGUUCAAACCCGGUUUGAGAGACGUGGCCUACCAGUACGUCAAGAAAGGGUCUAGGAUCCUCAUUGAGGGGAAGCUGGACUACGGAGAAUAUGUGGACAAGAACCAAGUCAGACGCCAGGCCACCACCAUCAUCGCAGACAACAUCGUCUUCCUCAGCGACAACAUUCGAGAGAGAACCUGAAGCUCUUUCCUCUCUUCCGUCUCCACACGACAACACAAGACAACUUUUUUUUUCUUAUACACAGAAAUAAGACUGAGGACCUGAACGCCCCCCUAAAGGAACUGACCUACCCAAAGAGAAGGGGGACAGAAUACGCUGUGACACUCUGGUCAUAUUUGGUGCCUCCUGCAGACCUUGAGGCAUCAAAGGAAGCAGGAAGCUUGUGUAGUAUAAAUACACAUACUGAGUAUAGUUUUCAUUGUGAUACUUGUACAUAAACGUUAAAAAUGCAGUUUAGAAAAGACAAAUGUUUCACUACGUUUGAAGUUUGAAGACUGUAUAAAAUGUUAAAGGAAGUUGUAGCGACUCUUACUUGUUUUGAGGAUUGUAGACAAACGUUAUUAUGUUUCCAUAUUGGGUCAGUUUAGACAGCUGCUCUUAAAACUCAAUAAAUCAGAAAUUGUUACUUAGUGAGGAUGAAAAUCAGGGGUUUCAAACUACCCGUCGGGUGGCCGGAGACAAAUUCUCAUUUAUGUUUGUUGGGAACUAUUUGCAGAUUAAUUGUGGUCAUUUAUUGGGAUUUGUUUACCACAAGAAAACGGUUAAAACACAAACAUUUGCUCUUUCUUAUACUGGCUUCUCUUUGUUAAAUGUCAGCUGUCUUUCUUGCACUUCUCUUCAUGUAAAUGAGUGAAGGUGGUUGAAUAACAUUUAAUAAGUUGAACUUUUUUUUCGUGUGUUAACUCCAUUUGUUUUUCUGUUCACAUCCCUUAAUUCUACACAGUAACAAUAGAACAUUAUUGUAUGGAUUUUAUGUUUUUUUUUAAUGUUUAUCUACCCCUGUUCUCUGCUUUGUCACUUUCUUGUCAGUUGUUAUCACUCAUAUCUGUGUAUCAUUUCCUUCCUUCAGCUCAGUACUGCUGGUUCAUUUCUCUGUAAUGGUUGCUGUAAUAGACCUUUUUUUUUUACAGACUAUUUCUGUGUACACAUUAUUGUUCAUCUUCUCCAAUCAGAGCAUGAAUGAUUUAACCUCCCUGUCAUAGUAACUGUUCCCAGAUUCCCCUACAAAACACUUUUAUAGAGGAGUAAAAGCAGAAAAGUUACAAG